GGCUUCAAAACACGAACCGCGCCUUCCUAUUGGCCAUUCUGAACAGCGCACGUAAGCGUCGGGGUUGGGGCGUUGACCAUCAACUAACAGCGAUGUGGAGCUCUCGCGAGAGUUGGCAUGAAGCUGGCACCGCCAUGUUGAAGUAGGGAGAGGCCACAUCCAGUUUAUGUCGUUCUUCGUUUUUAUUUAUAUGUUUUGUAACAAGCGAAAAGAGACGCGAAGGCUUUAGUGUGGAAACCGUAAUAGCCUUUUAACGGGGUUUUCGAGCUCUUGAAAAAUUACAGCGGUGGCGCAGAGGCGACAAGAGGAUGGUGCAGUCCUGCUCUGCCUACCGUUGUCGGAAUCGUUAUGACAAAGAGAAGCCCAUCUCCUUCCAUAAAUUUCCUCUCACAAGACCUGACCUCUGCAAGAAAUGGGAAGCUGCUGUUAGAAGAAAAAAUUUCAAGCCAACAAAAUAUAGCAGCAUUUGUUCAGAACACUUUACUCCAGAUUGCUUCAAAAGGGAAUGCAAUAAUAAGCUACUGAAAGACAAUGCUGUGCCAACAAUAUUUUGCCACACUGAACCAAAUGUGAAGGCUGAAGGCACUCAGGAACCAGCUGAAGAACCAUCUCCCCCUUCUCCUUCACCUCCCCCACCCCUACAGACAGAUCUAAGACUAGUAGAUCCCAGCAUUGGAUUGUUAAUGCCUCCACUUCACACCCCCAAUAAUAUUGCUGUUUUUUGUGAUCACAACUAUACUGUAGAAGAUACAGUACACCAGAGAAAAAGAAUUCAGCAGCUGGAAGAACAGGUGGACAAACUGAGGAAGAAACUUAAGACUGCGCAGCAGCGAUGUAGGCGUCAGGAGAAACAGAUUGAAAAACUGCGUGAGCUUGUUCAGUUUAAGAAGGAGAAAGACGUGCUAUCAGGCAAUGGAGGUUAUGUGAUUCUGCCCAAUGACUACUUUGAAAUUGUAGAAGUACCUGCCUAAGAAGGUUGACUACUUACGGGGCACUGCCAAGUUUAGCCUCAUCAAACUAACCCAGAAGUUGAGUUUUAAAAUGCAAUGCUUUUUAGUUCUGUGUAUAUUAAACUUCACCCCUCAAAAACAAUUAAAAAAUUGCUAUAUAAUAA